UUUUUCAUAUUAUUAGGGUGUGUGUAGAUUUUUCUGUAGAAGCAUUUGUGGAAGGAUGGGAGGAGGAGGGGAGCAUGGGCAUGGGCAUUCCCCAAUCCCCAAGGUCCCUGAUUAUAAGAGUUUCCAGGUUGGGGAUCACACCCCAGAACUCCAGAACCUUCAGAGGAUGUUGGCUUACAAAGGACUGAAGGAUCCUUGGAUCAGAAACUACGUCUGGCAGUACGACAACAAAAAGUGGGGCCCGCUGCACCUGAGGCUGUUCCGGCACACGCUCUUCCGCGGGUUCAAGUACGGGCUGGCCCUCACGGCCAUCGUCAUCGCCGGGGAGAAGCUCUGGGCCGCUGCUCAUCCGUCGGACGAGCAUCAUCAUUAGUGCUGGGUUCGACUUAUUCGACUGUUUAGUGAUUUUUCGGAGUUAAUCUCUAUAUGUGUUCUGUUGUGAAUAAAUAGAUGCUAGGAUAGA